AUGGAUAUCGCCAUUCAGCACCCCUGGUUCAAACGCACCCUGGGCCCCUUCUACCCCAGCCGGCUGUUCGACCAGUUCUUCGGCGAGGGCCUCUUCGAGUACGACCUGCUGCCCUUCCUGUCCUCCACCAUCAGCCCCUAUUACCGCCAGUCCCUCUUCCGCACCGUGCUGGACUCCGGCAUCUCUGAGGUCCGAUCCGACCGGGACAAGUUUGUCAUCUUCCUGGAUGUGAAGCACUUCUCUCCCGAAGACCUGACGGUGAAGGUGCAGGAGGACUUCGUGGAGAUCCAUGGCAAGCACAACGAGCGGCAGGAUGACCAUGGCUACAUCUCCCGCGAGUUCCACCGCCGCUACCGCCUGCCUUCCAACGUGGACCAGUCCGCACUCUCUUGCUCCCUGUCCGCGGACGGCAUGCUGACCUUCUCUGGCCCCAAGGUCCCAUCUGGCGUGGACGCCGGCCACAGCGAGCGGGCCAUCCCCGUGUCCCGGGAGGAGAAGCCCAGCUCUGCGCCCUCAUCCUAA